UCUUUGUGAAAUCUCAUUUCUUAUCUUCUCUCUUACGGUUUCCUUUCUUUCAAGUAUCCCAAACGAAAAGAAAAUGUCUUCUCUAAGCAAACGCCGAGAGAUGGACGUGAUGAAACUGAUGAUGAGUGAUUAUAAGGUAGAGAUGAUCAAUGAUGGCAUGCAAGAAUUUUAUGUUGAAUUCAAUAGACCAAAAGAUAGUCCUUAUCACGGUGGUGUUUGGAAGAUAAGGGUGGAGCUCCCAGAUGCUUAUCCUUAUAAAAUGUCUGGGUCUGUCUGUUUGGAUGUCAUUAAUCAAACUUGGAGCCCCAUGUUUGAUCUGGUGAAUGUGCUUGAAGUGUUCCUUCAUCAACUUCUUUUGUAUCCCAAUCCUUCAGAUCCAUUGAAUGGAGAAGCUGCUGCCCUAAUGAUGCGUGACCGUACAUCCUACGAACAAAGAGUGAAAGAGUAUUGUGAGAAAUAUGCCAAGCCAGAAGACAUUGGAGCAGCCACUGAAGAGAAGUCCAGCGACGAAGAGCUAAGCGAAGACGAAGAGCUAAGCGAAGACGAAUAUGCCGCCUCGGAUGACGAUGAAAUUGCUGGAAAAACCCCUAAGGCAACAUAUCAUGCCCUACAACUUCCUAGAAAAAAGAAGGGGGGUAUGCAUUGUACAUAAUUUAAAACUUGGGAAAACGUGUGGGGUAUAAGGAAAAAUUCUCGACCCCCACUUUGUGCCUUUAUUUUCAAUAGAUAUUGUGUAAAUUAAUUACACUUGUUUUAACAUUUGAAAGAAUUUAAACUUUUAACA